UACCCUUUCCUUGUGGAAGAGUUUCAGUUCCUCUCCUGCAUAAGAAAAUCACCCGUGCUGAAACCGUCUUCUCCGAUACCGACAUGGACAAUGCAAACUCUACCGAGGAGCAACAGGUUCCAGAUGAAGUCACACAAAUCGUUCCCCUCCAUAAAGAAGUGACUCGCGUUGUUGGUGGGGAAGAUGCCAGGAAGGGGCAGAUCCCUUGGCAGGUCCUUUUAAAUGGAAAUAUUAAAGCGUUCUGUGGUGGCGCCAUCAUCAACGAGAAAUGGAUUGUAACUGCAGCCCACUGCAUUCUACCUGACGAUGAAAUUACUGUCGUUGCAGGUGAGCAUGACACAGAAACUCCAGAAGGCACUGAGCAGACUCGCCGUGUGAUCCGAACCAUUCUUCACCCCACCUACAAUGGCUCCAUAGAAAAGUACGUCAAUGAUAUCGCCCUUCUGGAGCUCGAUGAGCCUUUGCAGCUGACCCAGUACGUGACCCCAAUCUGCAUUGCAGACAGGAAGUACACCAAGACCUUCCUCGAGUUUGGCAAAGGCACUGUGAGUGGCUGGGGCAAGAUCUACCACAGGGGCCGCUCAGCUUCUGUCCUCCAGUUCCUGAACGUUCCCUUCGUGGACAGAGUCACAUGCCUGCGCUCCACCAAGGUCAGCAUCCACAGCAACAUGUUCUGUGCUGGCUUUCACCAGGGUGGCAAAGAUUCCUGCCAAGGAGACAGUGGGGGGCCCCAUACCACGGAAGUGGAGGGCACCAGCUUCCUCACUGGCAUCAUCAGCUGGGGAGAACAAUGUGCUCUCCAAGGCAAGUACGGCAUCUAUACGAAGGUCUCCCAAUUUGUCAAAUGGAUUAAAGAGACCACAAAACGCACCUGAGCCACACCAGCUUUGCUUCCUUUCUGGAAUGUCGCUUCUUAGUUGGGAUUGAGAAAAGAGACAGGAAUGGCUUUUGUCACUAAUCAACAUCCUAUUAAUUGUUGGGUAUGAAUAUACAUUAUCUCACAAUGCUGCUUUUUUCCUUUUGAACAGAAAGAAUCCUGGGUAGAACUCAGACUACACUGGUCUGUAUACACAAGAGGGGAAACAUUCACUGAAUAAACACUAUGCUGUGACAGCGUGAUCAGUCCCAUAA